AUGGCCAGUUCCAGUGACCCCAUUCCGGUAGUUCCUGCCAUUUCCGAUGAGUACAAACUAUCCAAAGAUCAUGCAUUCUUGCUAGGUUUAGAAGAAUUAAUGAAGUUGAUGGAUGAGGUUCAGGGAGAGAUAACCGGACGUGCAGGGGAAGCGGCUCAACGCCAGAGAGAGGAAGAAGAGAUAAAAAGAAGAGAAGAUGAAGAAAUUGAAUCUCUUUUUGCUGCUUGGAAGCCAAAGCAUUUUGCAAGGGUUGAUCGGAAAGAAGAGGAGAGAUCUCUGAAGCGCCAGAAAGGUCCAAAGUAUAACAGUGCAACUGAGAGUGAUUCCAAGGAGGGUUCUGAUAGUGGGUUUGAGUGUCCGGUGGAGGAAGUAAAUACCAAUGAAGAAGACUCUGACGUAGUACAGGACAAGAAGAGGAUGGGGAGGUAUUUGGACUGGAAGCUGCGUAGACGGUUUGACCAUGAGAGGGUCAAUCCAAAGAUCUUUGUCAGGACCAUGCGUGAAGGAGAACCCAGCGAUGAUGAGAGAGUUCCUUCAAGAAUCUUCCCCAGAACCAUGCAUGUACAAGAAUCCAGUGAUGAUGAUGAAGAGCUUCGGGAUGCUGCCAGAAGUGAAAAUGAUGAUGAAGAAGAUAGUGAUGAGGAGAGCAUAUCAUCUGAUGGUGAUACUUCCCCUGCUUCAUCAGGCAGUAGCUACAGUGCACAAUACGAUGAGGAUGAAGAUUCGAGUUACGAUGGGGAGGAUUUUUAG